GGGAAGCGCGACGCAGCAGGGCUCGCGCUGCUUCCGUCACUACUUCACGCGAGACGGCCGAGAAGACGAGCGAGAAAAGCGGAAAAAAAAACAACAACAACAUAAAAAACAUUCAUAACAAGACGGCAAAUCGCCUCCCGAUAAACUACCGCGACACUCCGCAGACGCACCCGGCGUUCCCCCACCGGCCCUGAAGGAUGACACGGAAGCGAAAAGGCUAUGAAUUCCUGUGAGCAUGGAGAGGUUUCAGAAGAAGCGAUGCUUGAAAAAGAACACGUCCGAGACGUUAAGGAGGAAGAAGUGGAUUUUACUAUUUGUGAACCGUCUCGAAGACGCGAUGGAGGAUCUCCUGCAGCCACAGAGGUCAAUAAAAGGUUGGCAGAGGUCGUCCCUGAUGCACAUCAGUCCGCCAGCAGCAAGAGAGCCCGAGUCUCCAGUGAGAUGAGGCCGUGCUUGAUGGACGAGGACAGAAGACAUGAGCCCCUUUGCUUCACCACGGCUGGAGAAAAUGGGGACCACCAUGAGGAGACGUCCAGGUUCUCCUACAGGAAGCCUCUUUUCAGCAUCUCCCACAGGAUCUCAGACAAGAGGAACACUCCGAGCCUGGAGCAGCAGGUCGGUCACAACAGCUUCGGUCAGCUCAACUUCAACAGCGUCCUUUCACUGAGGCUUCAGAACUCGGAGCAAAACGGUCCCUCAGAGACCUUCUCUACCACAGGCCCAUCAGGCCACACGUCGACAACAGACUCCAGCCUUUACCCGCUGAUUGAGAAAAUGUUUUUUAUCCUCAACACGCUGAACUCCAGCAUGACUCAGCUGCACAGCAAAGUGGACUCGUUGACCCUGGAAGUCAUGCGGAUAAAGAAGCAGAUCAAACCGGCCGAGAAGGUGACGGAGUUCCAGCCUCCCCCCGAGUAUCUGCUGACGACCGAUGAGCUGAAUCAGCUGACGGAGCACACGUCCAGCGCCGGCGAGCUCGGCUGUCAGCUGCUCGUGCACCUCUUCCCGGAGCUCUUCAAAGCCAUGGAGUGCCCUAGUGACUGCACGGCGAGCAGGAGAACUCUGGAGCCUCUGCACCUGCAGCUGAUCCGUAACUACGUGGAGGUCUGCUACCCCUCGGUGAAGAAUGACGACGUGUGGCAGGAAGAGUGCCUCCUUCAGAUUAAUGACUUCUUUAAUCGUUUCUGGACGCAGAGGGACGCGGAGAGCGCUCGGCUAAUGAAGAAGCAGUCGGACGCAGAUGUGAAAAUGGAGGAUCCUCACUCUUAUUGUUUCAUCAACGAACAGGGUCAGGAGGAGCAGGUGUCCGUGGAAAACCAGCAGAGCAGCCUGGCGGGGUCAGACGCUGCCUCGAAUACACAAACCACCGAGGAGCUGGACGAGUUCUCCUCCCCCGAGGACUUUGUGGUUUUUCUCAUGCACCGUCUCUUCCCCGAAGUUUUCGAGGAAGGGAAAAUGCCCGAAGGCUCCAGCAUUCUGGAUUCCAACAAGAUGGAAGUCAUAAGACGGUACAUGGAAGCGAACUUUCCCAACGUGCCUGAGGACAGCUGGCUUCAGGUGUGCGUCCAGCACGUGGAGGACGCUCUGGAGAGUCCACGCAGCAACAGCAACGGAAGUGAAUCUGACAACACGAACUGCCACGGCUACGAGCUGAGCCUUCCUGAAGAUGUUUCCGUCAGCGCUGAAGUUGGCGAGUGUGAGCGACCUAACCGCAAGUCCAAGAAGUCGCUGCUGACGCCUGUGGAUUUUGAAAACCUGGAGAUCCCUCCGCCGAACUUUGCCUUUCCUCGAGAGUGCAUUUUGUCCAGAGAGCAGCUGAGGAGCAACUAUGAAUGCAGCUUGUCCAUCGGCAACUUCGCCUCCCGGUUGCUGGUGCUCAUGUUCCCUGAACUUUUCACCCAGGAGAACGCCAGGAAGCAGUACAACUGCAGCGGCUCUCUCGGGAAGAAGCAGCUCGACCCCGUCCGCGUGAACCUGAUCCGCCAUUACGUGCAGCUGGUCUACCCUCAGGCCAAGAACGACCGAGUGUGGAUGCUGGAGUUCGUGGGGAAGCUGGACGAGAGGUGCAGGAGACGGGACACGGAGCAGAGGAGGUCCUACAUGCAGCAGCGUAAAGUUUACGGUCAGGAUCCAGAGCAGGACUUCAUCUACCAGCUCAUCCCGUUCAAUCCAGACAGCAUGAGAGAGGAUCUGGACGUUCCGUCUAUACCUCCUGAGAAAAGCAGCAAAGAUUUCUGUAAGAUCCCCUUGGACCAACUGACUGUUUCUACACCCGGCUUCCUGGUACCGUCCGUCUACCUGCUGUCAGACGCCGAGGUUCGGGAAAUCGUCCAGCAGAGUCUGUCCGUGGGGAACUUCGCCGCCCGCCUGCUGGUGCGUCUCUUCCCCGAGCUCUUCACCUCGGAGAACCUGCGGUUGCAGUACAACCACUCGGGCGCCUGCAACAAGAAGCAGCUGGACCCGGUGCGGCUGAGGCUGAUCCGCCACUACGUGGAGGCCGUGUAUCCCGUGGACAAGAUGGAGGAGGUGUGGCACUACGAAUGUGUGCCGAGCAUUGACGAGCGCUGCCGGCGUCCCAACCGUAAGAAAUGUGACAUCCUUAAAAAGGCCAAGAGGUCGAACACCGUGUCCUAGUGUCCUGCAGCCGGUCAGCACUUCCUGCUCUUAAAUAAUUCAGUAUAUAAGCUGAAAUCACUUGAACUCAAAAAAAAGAACUGUCCGAUGUAGGAUGAAGCCAAGCUGAUAUUUGAAUUCUCACUCCUGCUUCACCUUUAUCC